UCCCUUGUAGGUACGUCAUUAUUUGGCGGGAAAUUCUAAUAGAGGAUGUUUACAUUUUAUUUCGCUGAAAUUAUUAUUGAUUCUACCAUUACCAACCUGACGGAGUAAACUCGUUUCUGUAAUAUACUACUCUGGUGAAUUGAGGUGGUAGGUGGUGUAGUGGUGUAGUAGAGUAUACACGUAAAUUUAACUUUAUGAAGUUUAUGGCCUGAAUUAUUACUCUAUACUAGGUUAUAGAUAAUAAAAAAAAGGAUAUUUAUCAUGGCUAUGCAGACAGAAAAAACUACAACAGUUGCUGAAGUACAAGAGGAAGAAGAAACAUUUGGGCCUUUGCCUAUUUCAAAAUUAGAGGGUAAUGGUGUGAGUAAUAAUGAUUUAAAGAAAUUGGAGGAAGUUGGAUUCUUCACUGUUGAAGCAGUCGCUUUCGCACCGAAGAAAAGUCUGUUGAGUAUUAAAGGUAUCAGUGAGGCCAAGGCUGAUAAAAUUUUGGCAGAAGCAGCUAAAUUGGUACCAAUGGGAUUUACAACAGCGACUGAAUUUCAUCAAAAAAGAUCUGAAAUAAUACAAGUAACAUCAGGUUCUAAAGAAUUAGAUAAACUAUUACAAGGUGGUAUUGAGACUGGCUCUAUAACUGAAAUAUUUGGUGAGUUUAGAACAGGGAAAACACAAUUAUGUCACACAUUAGCAGUAACAUGUCAGUUACCAAUAGAUAUGGGUGGAGGAGAAGGUAAAGCAAUGUAUAUAGAUACCGAAGGAACUUUUCGACCGGAAAGAUUAUUGGCAGUUGCAGAGAGAUAUGGGUUAUCGGGAGGUGAUGUACUAGAUAAUGUUGCCUAUGCUAGAGCCUAUAACAGUGAUCACCAAUCUCAACUUUUAAUUCAAGCUGCUGCAAUGAUGUCAGAAUCAAGAUAUUCAUUAUUAAUAGUUGAUAGUGCUACAGCUUUAUAUAGAACCGAUUAUUCUGGUAGAGGUGAGUUAUCAGCCAGGCAGAUGCAUUUAGCAAGAUUUUUACGGAUGUUGCUACGUUUAGCAGAUGAGUUUGGUGUAGCAGUAGUGAUUACUAAUCAGGUAGUAGCUCAAGUUGAUGGAGCUGCCAUGUUUUCAGCUGAUCCUAAAAAACCUAUUGGAGGAAACAUUAUAGCUCAUGCUUCCACGACCAGGUUAUAUCUAAGAAAAGGCAGGGGAGAGACACGAAUCUGUAAAAUAUAUGAUUCACCUUGUUUACCAGAGGCUGAGGCUAUGUUUGCUAUUAAUGCAGAUGGUAUUGGAGAUGCUAAAGAUUGAAAAAAUUUAUUUAUAUAGUUUUACUGUAUAAAUAAUAUAUAAUAUAGUGCUUUACACUAACAGUGUUGUUGGAAAUAAAAAUUAGGGCAGGAACCCCUAAACAAUUUUCAAAUUAAAUAAAUGAUCCAGACUGUUAUUCACAAUGAGCUGAGAAUGAACUGUAAAAGAAAUGUAGGCCUAUAUAGUGAGUACUUUGUUUCUGAAUAUCUAGCAUAUUUUGCUUGUACAUAAUAUAUACACGAACAACUAUCAAUGGUUUAUGUAUGGAAGGGUAUAGCUGCCAAUAUUAAAUGCUCUGCUAAAAUGUC